GGCAUUUGAACUGAUACUUUCCAAUGGUAACCAUGCUUUGGGUCCUCUGCAUUUUGCAGUGCAUGUUUCACAUGCCAGUGGCAGGUGGCUGCAACGUCGAGGAGAGGAUUGCUCUUAUGCGCAUCAGAUCUUCGUUGCUGGAGGCAAACUCUGAAGUUCCUGCUUCAUGGGGACAGAGUGGCGACUGCUGCUCCUGGGAAAGGGUCCGAUGCAACAACAGCAAAAGAGUAUCAGAUCUCAACCUCUACUCUAUGUAUUUUCCCCAAUAAAACUCCACCCCUGAAGGUCAAGCAACUGUUGACGCUGAAGGUUGCUCGAACUGGAACCUAAGUCUCACCAUCUUUUCUUGGUUUCAUGAGCUUCAGCUGCUAGAUUUAUCUUCAAAUUUCGCUUGUUUCCAAGAUUUUGACGGUCUUCAAGGAGUGACUAAGCUUCGGUAUCUAGACUUAAGUGACAACAGUUUGACUGGGAAUAAUAUCUUUGAAUCUCUCGGUAAAUUGCCUUCUCUUGAAGUCAUAAACAUCCAUUCAAGCAGUAUGAGUGGUGCUCUUCAGGAUUCAGCUUUCAGAAAUCUUAAGAAACUGAGAAAAUUGCACCUGGGAUCAAACCAACUGAACGGAAGCAUACCACCGUCCUUGUUUGAGCUCGCACGCCUUGAAUACUUGGAUCUUUCAGGAAAUCUCCUUCAAGGACACAUACCUAUAACCUUAUCUUCAAAUCUUUCUUCGUCACUUCAAACUCUCAAGCUAUCAGCAAACAAUCUAAAUGGAACGUUUGAUUUCUUUUGGCUACGAAACUGCACCAUGCUUAAGAACAUAGACCUGUCAAGGAAUGCUGAUUUGGCUAUUGAUGUGAAGUUCUGGGGAUAUGUGCCAAAAUUUCAACUGAGAAAACUAAUGCUCUCUGGAUGUAACCUUGACACCAGCAUCAUUGCUGGACCGAAUUUCCUUGGCACACAACUUCAUUUGCAAAUCCUUGAUUUGUCUAACAACAACUUGGCAGGAAGCCUACCCGACUGGAUCUUUAGAAAUGAAGCGAGUCUAGUUUAUCUGGACCUUGCAAAUAACUCACUGGUAGGAUCAUUAAAUCUGAUGUGGCAACGCCAAUCAAAUCUUCAAAUGGUCAACAUAUCUAAGAACCGGUUUGUUGGGCAGUUGCCAACAAACAUCAGCUCAGUGUUUCCGAAUCUGACAGUUCUAGAUGCUUCUUACAAAAGUAUUUCUAGAGAUUUGCAGCCAUCUCUGUGCAACAUUAGCAGAUUGGCAUAUAUGGACCUAUCAAACAAUAAACUUACAGGAGAGGUGCCACCUGGCUUGUUCACUAAUUGUUCUGAACUGAAAAUCUUGAAGCUCUCAAAUAACAAUCUUGGUGGUACAAUACUUAGCGGGGUUAGGAAUUUGUCCUUUAUAUCAGCAAUAUACCUUGCUAGCAACAAUUUUGAAGGAGCACUUCCUAACUAUCUAUCCGGUCAUCUGGAAAUCAUGGACCUGCAUGAUAAUAAGUUGUCUGGUGAACUCGACGUUUAUUCUGGAAUCUUUCUUCAUUGCAAGUUUUGAGUGUUGCUAUCAAUAGCUUAGCCGGUGAAAUUUACCCAACAAUUUGCAAAUUAACUGGUCUUUAGGUUUUAGAUAUGUCAGCCAACAGCUUUGCAGGGUCACUACCAAACUGUAGUAGCAAGUUAACACUGCAUUUUCUGAAUAUGUCGAGCAAUACGCUCUCAGGCUUCCCUAGCUGUUUUUUCGAUAGCUCCAUUGUUACAGUUUUGGAUCUGAGAUAUAACCAGUUCAAGGGCAGCCUUGAUUGGAUACAACAUCUUCCUCAAAUAAAGUUGCUCCUACUGGGAGGGAAUAUGUUUGAGGGGCAGAUCCACCCAAACUUGAGCCAUCUCCAGUACUUGAAUGCCAUUGACUUGUCGCACAACAGACUUUUGGGUUCAUUACCAUCUUGUAUUGGCGGAAUGUCGUUUGGAUACCAAUUUGAUUACCUUGAUUUUUGGCCCUCAGUCUAUUAUCUUGACUUUGGAGUGGGGUUAUCUAAUAUGGAUAUUGAUGAUCCAUCUUUCAUGUAU